AUCUUCUCCAAUUUCUGAAUUCUCAGGGAAACUACCGAAGCUCUCUGAUUCUCGAAACAGUGGGUUCGAUGCAUUGACCCUGCGGCGUUUAAAAGCUUUCAGGGUUUCCGUUUUGAUUAUUUUUCAGGGGCUGUCUUUUGAUCAUGUUUAUCAAACAUAGCAUGACUCCUCAGGUAGCCUUCUUGGGUUGUGCAAGAAGUUUUAUGUUGGCUUCUUCGCCUGUUUACAGAAGACAACAAUUCCUGAUAAGAUCUUUGGGAGCUGCUAGUGGUCACCCAACUGAUUUUAGGCAAAUGCAACAUCCAAGGUCUAUUGAAGCGGAUGCUGAGAGCAUUGUAAGAGCAAUUACUCCUGCCCUUGAUCCCACUAGAUACAAAGGCCAAGCAGGAAAGAUUGCUGUGGUUGGAGGGUGUCGUGAAUACACAGGAGCUCCUUAUUUUGCUGCAAUUUCUGCCUUAAGGAUUGAAAGUCAUGUUCUUGCCUGGGUGCAACUUGUUACAGUUGCCAGUGGCUUGAGAGUUCGUUUUCUGUUUGCACAUGGCACCUCUAUCAUUGGAUAUUCACAUUAUAUCAAUUUUGCUGAUGUUAGAAUAUCAGUAAAUUGUGGGUUUUUCCGUACAGUUAAGUCAGUGAGCAUCUACGGUUCUCCAAGACGCUGUGGUGGCCAGGGUGAUAUCCUUUCUGGAAGUGUUGCUGUCUUUUUAUCAUGGUCCCGCCAACAUGUUCAAACUGCUGGUGAAAAUCCAAACCUCAGUUGUAAAAAUCCAACAGUUUUGGGAUGCAUUGCUGGCUCUGCCUUGAUGAGGAAGGCAGCAUCCCUUGCUUUCUUGAGUAAGAAGAGAUCAACUGUCACUGGUGACAUCAUUGACUGCUUGGGGAAAAGGUACCAGCCAUUUUUUCACCCCCUAACAUGUUCAUUUUUCCGUACAGUUAAGUCAGUGAGCAUCUACGGUUCUCCAAGACGCUGUGGUGGCCAGGGUGAUAUCCUUUCUGGAAGUGUUGCUGUCUUUUUAUCAUGGUCCCGCCAACAUGUUCAAACUGCUGGUGAAAAUCCAAACCUCAGUUGUAAAAAUCCAACAGUUUUGGGAUGCAUUGCUGGCUCUGCCUUGAUGAGGAAGGCAGCAUCCCUUGCUUUCUUGAGUAAGAAGAGAUCAACUGUCACUGGUGACAUCAUUGACUGCUUGGGGAAAAGUUUGGAAGAUAUUUGCCCUGCCACUUGAUGCUGUUUGCUGCCUAACACUUCCAUAAUCGACCACUGUGAAGUCAGCUUGUAAACUAUAUAUAUAUAUAUAUAUUAUAUAUAUAUAUAUAUAUAUAUAUCUUCCUUUCCAUGUUCUUUUAUUACAAGUUUCCUAAUUUCUUAUCUCUGUCUUUCACUUGCCCGUUCUGUUUAUAUAAAUUUUGUCUUUAACAUGAACAUGUUUUAUUUUGAUGAAGAGAGAUUUGCGAUUCACUACAUUUAGCAA